AUGGAUGACCUCCAGUCGCUCGAGCUCUUUUCGCUCGUGUCGCGAAUCACCGGCGAGAUUCAAAACCAUCUGGGUAUUAAUGACAAGACGCUGGCAGAGUUCGUGAUAGACCAACAUCUGAAAUGCGAUUCAUUCGCCGGGUUCAAAAAGACGAUGGAGGAAAUGGGAGCUGAGUUUCCGGAAAGUCUGCUGGAGAGUAUCGAUCGCUUGGUGCUCACUAUGCAUCCCAAAUACAAGACCCACAAGGCCGAAACGAAAGCGGCAGACGGUGACGACGACAUGGAUAUGCUGAAUGCUCUCGAAAAGAAGGCUCGUGUCUUUAAGGGCCUGGCUGUCCCGGAUAAGGUGCAGCAGUGGGACGAGGAGGACUACGAUUCUCGCAAGGAUGCGGACGAAGGCGACGCGAAGGCUGAUGCGAUGGAUGAUACAUUUGCUAUGCUGGAGGGGCUAGCGGGGAAGGCCCGAGAAGAGAAGGGUCGCACGACGAGAGAGGAUCGGAGCAGCAGGAAGCGAAGCAGGAGCCCCGACUACGAGGAUUACGAUCGCGGACGCCGUCGCAACGAUAAAUACCGCUCACGAUCGAGGUCCCAUAGCCCGCGAUAUCGGAAGAGAGACGACGACGUGGAUGAGUUUGGCCGCUCGGCCAGGAAAUAUAGCAGCAAGGAUGAGGAAUAUCGCAACGGCCGCAGCGACCGACGGAAGAGACGCGAUCGCGAAAUCGAUGAUGACUUCCGCAAACCACCACCGGUCGAGUUAGAUGACCAACCGAUAUUGUACAAGGUUUACGAUGGGCGCGUUACUGGAGUGAAGGACUUUGGUGCCUUUGUGAACUUGCAAGGCGUUCAAGGCAAGGUCGACGGUCUCGUACACAUUUCUGCUAUGCAGGAAGGCGCUCGUGUCAACCAUCCCUCGGACUUAGUUUCACGAGGUCAGCCGGUUAAGGUCAAAGUUGUCAGUAUACAAGGAUCGCGCAUUGGACUGUCGAUGAAGGAAGUUGACCAAAUGACGGGGCUUGAUCUCAUCCCACAACGCCGCCUUGCGUCUGGUGCCAACAUGGAGCGUCUUGAUGGGGCUUCCGGCAAGGACCGAUACGGAAACUUGAGUUCCGAUGUGCCCAUUAUCGAGGAAGCAGACGGAAAGCCUAUGAAAAACCGGAAGCGCAUGACUUCGCCAGAACGAUGGGAGAUCAAGCAGUUAAUCGCGUCCGGUGCUGUCUCGGCGGCCGAUUAUCCUGACAUCGAUGAAGAGUACCACGCUACCUUGACAGGUGAGGGUACAUUUGAGGAGGAGGAAGAUAUUGACAUUGAAGUUAAAGACGAAGAGCCGCCGUUCUUGGCUGGACAGACCAAGAUGUCUCUAGAAUUAUCGCCCAUCAGGGUUGUGAAGGCUCCUGAUGGCUCUCUGAAUCGUGCAGCCAUGGCAGGAACCGGGCUGGCUAAAGACCGACGAGAGCUACGCCAGCAAGAAGCACAGGAUAAGGCCGCCGAGCGAGCUGCAGAGGUCGAUCUUAACGCUCAAUGGCAAGAUCCUAUGGUUGCCCCUGAAGAGCGGAAAUUCGCAGCGGACCUUCGAACCACCCAACAAGCCAAACCCGACGAGACGGUGCCGGAAUGGAAGCGAGUCACAAUGGGCAAAAACCAGUCAUUGGGCAAACGGACAACUAUGUCGAUCAAGCAGCAGAGAGAGAGUCUUCCUGUCUACAAAUUCCGCAACCAGCUUCUCGAUGCUGUUCGUGACAACCAGCUAAUGAUUGUGGUUGGAGAUACUGGAUCCGGUAAAACGACACAAGUAACACAGUAUUUGGCAGAGGCAGGGUACGGAAACAACGGCAUCAUCGGAUGUACUCAGCCCCGGCGUGUGGCCGCAAUGUCGGUUGCAAAGCGUGUGGCUGAAGAAGUCGGCUGUAGACUCGGUGCAGAAGUUGGUUAUACAAUUCGUUUCGAAGACUGUACCAGUCCAGACACGAAGAUCAAGUAUAUGACCGACGGAAUGCUCCAAAGAGAAGUCUUGCUUGAUCCGGAUCUGAAAAAGUACUCUGUGAUUAUGCUUGACGAGGCCCACGAGCGAACAAUCGCUACUGACGUCCUUUUCGGUUUGCUCAAGAAAACGAUAAAGCGACGACCUGACCUUAGGCUGAUCGUUACAUCGGCCACUCUUGACGCUGAGAAAUUCUCAGAAUACUUCAAUGGAUGCCCCAUCUUCUCGAUUCCUGGCCGAACUUACCCUGUCGAAAUCAUGUACUCCAAAGAACCCGAAUCCGAUUAUCUGGAUGCGGCACUCAUCACCGUUAUGCAAAUUCAUCUGACCGAGCCGUCGGGUGACAUCCUCGUCUUCCUGACAGGUCAAGAAGAAAUCGAUACAGCCUGUGAGAUUCUCUACGAACGCAUGAAAGCACUGGGGUCAACAGUCCCGGAGUUGGUUAUUCUCCCUGUCUACUCCGCCCUUCCCAGUGAAAUGCAGAGCAGAAUUUUCGAACCUGCUCCUGAUGGCGGCCGAAAGGUUAUCAUUGCAACGAAUAUUGCGGAGACAUCCAUUACCAUCGACAAUAUCUACUACGUCAUUGAUCCUGGUUUCGUCAAGCAGAACGCGUACGAUCCGAAGCUAGGUAUGGAUUCGUUGGUGGUUACCCCGGUAUCUCAGGCACAAGCCAAACAGAGAGCUGGUCGUGCUGGAAGAACCGGACCAGGAAAAUGUUUCCGCUUGUAUACCGAAGCCGCAUACCAGUCGGAAAUGUUGCCAACGACGAUUCCCGAAAUCCAGCGUCAGAACCUCUCGCACACGAUUCUCAUGCUGAAGGCCAUGGGUAUCAAUGACCUGUUGCACUUCGACUUCAUGGACCCGCCUCCAACUAACACCAUGCUUACUGCGUUGGAGGAGCUCUAUGCUUUGUCAGCUCUGGAUGACGAAGGUCUUCUCACCCGGUUGGGUAGAAAGAUGGCUGAUUUCCCCAUGGAGCCUGCCCUUGCCAAGGUACUUAUAGCGUCGGUUGAUAUGGGAUGCUCGGAGGAAAUGCUGAGCAUCGUCGCUAUGCUGUCUAUACAAUCGGUAUUCUAUCGCCCCAAGGAGAAGCAGCAUCAGGCGGACCAGAAGAAGUCCAAGUUCCAUGACCCUCACGGCGACCAUCUAACGCUGCUCAAUGUAUACAAUGGGUGGAAGAAUUCCAAGUUCAACAAUGCUUGGUGUUUCGAGAAUUUCAUUCAGGCGCGUCAGAUCCGCCGAGCGCAGGAUGUUCGGCAGCAGCUCAUGGGCAUCAUGGACCGGUAUCACCAUCGGAUCGUCUCGUGUGGAAGAAACACGACCAAAGUCCGUCAGGCCCUUUGCACCGGUUUCUUCAGAAAUGCGGCCCGCAAGGAUCCCCAGGAAGGAUACAAGACACUGGUCGAGGGCACUCCGGUCUACAUGCAUCCCAGCUCUGCCUUGUUCGGCAAACCGUCCGAGCAUGUCAUCUACCAUACUCUUGUCCUCACGACCAAGGAAUACAUGCAUUGCACGACAUCCAUUGAGCCGAAAUGGCUGGUCGAGGCAGCCCCGACCUUCUUCAAGGUGGCACCCACGGACCGUCUUUCGAAGAGGAAGAAGGCCGAACGUAUUCAACCCUUGCAUAAUCGCUUCGCCGGGGAAGACGACUGGCGUUUGUCUGCGCAGAGACGCCAAGGAAGAGGUGGAGGAGGAGGAACAUGGGGCUGA